AUGCGCUUCAAGCACUCCGGCCAGCUCUCGGGCGGAUUCAACACAAGUAAAACCCGUCGGGACAUGAUGCGGCUCCCCUGGUUUCUACGGCUGCGGCACCACAACACCUACGCGGUGAACCGUAAAGGCAAACUCUUGGGGGGCAGGAACAAGCGAGCGCGGCCCGUGACGCCGCUCACCGACCACUUCCGGGUCCCCCUCCUUCCAGGGACACGCGUGGAUGGCGCCACCCGGCUCCCCGUGGGCUUCCCGGAGGAGGUGGACUACAUCCUGGUGUACCACCCCAAGAGGCCCUCGGGCAGCAGGACCCCGGCCAGGAGGGUGCAGCACGGCGACGCGGCCCCCGCAGCCCGCGGCACCAGGCAGGACCAGCCGCUGCCGGGCAAGGGGGACGUGGGGGCGGCGGGGGGGCCCGAGCCCCCGACGGACUACCAUGAGGACGACAAGCGUUCCCGCAGAGAGGAGUAUGAGGGCAACCUCCUGGAGGCCGGCCUGGAGCUGGAGCGGGACGAGGAGACUAAAAUUCACGGGGUUGGAUUUGUAAAAAUCCACGCGCCCUGGAACGUGCUGUGCAGAGAAGCCGAGUUUUUGAAACUGAAGAUGCCGACGAAGAAGCUGUAUCACAUUAACGAGACCCGUGGCCUCCUGAAAAAGAUCAACUCCGUGCUCCAGAAAAUCACGGACCCCAUCCAGCCCAAGGUGGCAGGGCACAGACCCCAGACCACGAAGAGACUGUCCUACCCCUUCUCACGGGAGAAGCAGCACCUAUUUGACCUGUCUGACAAGGAUUCCUUUUUCGACAGCAAAACCCGGAGCACGAUAGUCUAUGAAAUCCUGAAAAGAACGACAUGUACCAAGGCCAAGUACAGCAUGGGACAAACCUGCGUGGUUGCUACGAAGGUCUAUGCCAGGGCCUUUCUCUUUCCUCCUUUUGAACAGGGAGACUACGAAGGUGAAAACGUGGAGUUCAACGACAGAAAACUCCUGUACCAAGAGUGGGCGAGUUACGGGGUCUUCUACAAGUACCAGCCCAUCGACCUGGUCAGGAAGUACUUCGGGGAGAAGAUCGGCCUGUACUUUGCCUGGCUGGGCGUGUACACCCAGAUGCUCAUCCCCGCGUCCGUGGUGGGGAUCAUCGUCUUCCUGUACGGAUGUGCCACAGUCGACGAGAACAUCCCCAGCAUGGAGAUGUGUGACCAGAGACACAACAUCACCAUGUGCCCGCUGUGCGACAAGACCUGCAGCUACUGGAAGAUGAGCUCGGCGUGCGCCACGGCCCGGGCCAGCCACCUCUUCGACAACCCCGCCACCGUGUUCUUCUCCGUCUUCAUGGCCCUCUGGGCCGCCACCUUCAUGGAGCACUGGAAGCGGAAACAGAUGCGGCUCAAUUACCGCUGGGACCUCACCGGCUUCGAGGAAGAGGAGGAGGCCGUCAAGGACCAUCCCAGAGCCGAAUACGAAGCCAGAGUUUUGGAGAAGUCACUUAGGAAAGAAUCCAAAAGCAAAGAGAAGCGCCGGCAUAUUCCAGAGGAGUCAACAAACAAAUGGAAGCAGAGGGUUAAGACAGCCAUGGCGGGGGUGAAAUUGACAGACAAGGUGAAGCUGACCUGGAGAGAUCGGUUCCCAGCCUACGUCACCAACUUGGUCUCCAUUGUCUUCAUGGGUACAGGGUUUGUCGGCCGCCCGGGUGACUACGUGUACAUUUUCCGUUCUUUCCGGAUGGAGGAGGUAACUGACCCCGUGUUCUCUUCUGCUUCCCCGGUUGUGUCCCCACGGCAGACUCGGCAGAAGCAGAUGUUGUCAAGACGGACCCCCCCUGAACGCCUGUGGCACACAACGCCCGAGACCGGAAAGAAGGCGCCGCUGCAAGCCCAGCCCCAAGCCAUCUCCGGCUCCCCUGCCCGCUUCGAGACCCACCAACAGGAGGCAGCACCUGGCGGGAGCGGGGACCCCACGGCCUCGGGCACCAGCAGCCCACACGGGGCCCACAGCCAAGCUCGUCUGAGGCCUCCAUCACCUCUAGAGCCGCCUUCAGUAAUCCAGUUUGGCUUUGUCACCUUGUUCGUCGCGUCCUUCCCCCUGGCCCCACUGUUCGCGCUGCUGAAUAACAUCAUCGAGAUCCGCCUGGACGCCAAAAAGUUUGUGACCGAGCUCCGCAGGCCGGUGGCCGUCAGAGCCAAAGACAUCGGAAUCUGGUACAAUAUUCUCCGAGGUGUCGGGAAGCUGGCGGUCAUCAUCAACGCGUUCGUGAUCUCCUUCACGUCCGACUUCAUCCCUCGCCUGGUGUACCUGUACAUGUACAGCCAGAACGGGACCAUGCACGGCUUCGUCAACCACACCCUCUCCUCCUUCAACGUCAGUGACUUCCAGAACGGCACGGCCCCCAACGACCCCCUGGAUCUGGGCUACGAGGUGCAGAUCUGCAGGUACAAGGACUACCGGGAGCCCCCGUGGUCGGAGCACAAGUAUGACAUCUCCAAGGACUUCUGGGCCGUGCUGGCAGCCCGGCUGGCCUUUGUCAUUGUCUUCCAGAGAGACGAAAAGGUGUCCCAAGGCAUCGGGGCAAACGCCGUGCGGUACUGGAGGGAGAAUGGAAAAAUGAGGUUGACACCAGUCCCAGAAGGCAUCACCUGCCUCCGGGUCGGAAAAGUCCGACGGCUUUUCAUCUUCUGUUUCCGAACAUCAGCAAAGCACAAGCUCAAUGCCCUGAGCAUCCUUCUCAAGCUCUGGAACCGCUUCCUUAGUCUAGACAUGAAGGCAACGUCCGGGGACAGCAUCGCAAGGACGAUGAGGGCUCCUGAACACGCAGCAAAGCACAAGCUCAAUGCCCUGAGCAUCCUUCUCAAGCUCUGGAACCGCUUCCUUAGUCUAGACAUGAAGGCAACGUUCGGGGACAACAUGUAA